AAUUCAAAAUCCUGGGUAACCAAAAGCGAGCCAGAGAGAAAAUGGAGGGCGAAACCGGAAUCGACGUCAAAGUGAUUAAUCAGCCGUCGUCGACGCCAUCGCGCUUGAAGAAGAAGAAGAGAGUGACAGCCCAGAAAUCGCCCCAGAAGGCUCCGCCCUCUUCUUCCGCGGAGGACGACGACGGGAGUCCAAUCAGGCAAAUUCUCUGUGUCAAAAACAAGGUCGAUGUUAAACACUUCGAGGACGUCGAGGACUGCUUCAUUUUGGAUUUCGACCCCUCGGAGCCGGUGCAGUUGUCCAAGUUGUCAGUGUCGGUUAAUGGUGGUGGUGGUCACGAUGGUUCUCCCGAUAUCGCUGUUGUUGCUGAGAAAGGACAGGUUGCUUGUAGAGACUAUCCACAUUCAAGGCACCUCUGCCUGAAAUUUCCUUUCGGGACGACACCCCAUGAGAGCUACUGUGAUCUGUGCUACUGCUACGUUUGUGAUUCUGCCGCUCCAUGUGGGUUAUGGAAACCAUCGCAUUGCCAUGCCGCUGCGCACAUUGGUGAUUGGAAGUCCAAAAGGAUGUUGAGGAAGCAGCAAGCCGCGGUGAAGAAGUGAACAAAACUCUCGUUGUUUAGCCGAAUUGCAGUUAAUGGGAUGCGAGAAAUACCAAAAAACUGAACCGUUGUUCCGCUAUUAGGCCGAUUUGCAGUUAUGGGAUGCGAGAAAUACCAGGAGAGUGAACUGUUGUUUUGCUCGUAAGCAGUCAAGUUCAAGUAAUUUUGUUCAUAGGGAAGGUACUUGAAAUGGCGUUUGUUCUGACUCGAAAAAUUGUAGUUACUGAUGAACUUAUGAUGUUGGUAGAGAUGGAAUCAAAUUUGAUCAGUUCAAUUCGA